AUGAAGAAACUAAGCUUAGGAGCAUUUCUUAUUGUACUAGUCUCUCUUGCCCCUCAUUCUUUAGAUGCAAGGUUUCAAGUUUGCAAACCAAGUGGAAAAGUAAAGGGCAAAAAGCCGCCUCCUGGGAAAUGUGUUGAGGAUAAUGACUCCUUCUGCUGUAUUCCAGGGAAGCUCUACUCCACCUACAAAUGUUCACCUCCUGUGUCUGGAACCACCAAGGCAGUUCUAACCCUAAACAGUUUCGAGAAGGGUGGAGAUGGUGGCGUGCCAUCAAAAUGCGACAAGAGGUACCACUCUGAUGAUACACCAGUUAUCGCACUAUCAUCUGGCUGGUACAAUGGAGGGAGGAGGUGCUUCCAGAACAUUACCAUAAGUGCUAAUGGCCAAAUGGUACAAGCUAUGGUUGUUGAUGAGCGUGAUUCCACCACGGGCUGUGAUGAAGACCAUGAUUAUCAGCCUCCAUUUGCGAAUAACAUUGUUGAUGCCUCAAGAGCUGUAUGGAAAGCCUUGGGGGUGCCAAUGAAUGACUGGGGCGAGUUGGAUAUUACUUGGUCUGAUUCUUAA